CAGCGCUGACCUGGCACAAGAAGCUGCAGGCAGUGUGUGUGCCUUAAUCAAGGAUUUAAAGGAAAGGAAGCGACAACGUUUUCCGGAAUAUUUACUGGAGGAAAACUACAUAUAUUUGAAAGAUUUCGUUUCCAAAAAGUGAUGUCCCAAAGAAUGGAAAAACCUACAAGAAAAAGUCGUCAUUGCACACCUAAACAGGGUCCGCAGCCGUCUGAGAACGACAAUUAUCCCGUGAUUGAAGACGAACACGGCGAGGACAGUCCUCAACCCACGACCACACCGGCCAGGAAAACAAAUGCUAAACGCAAGCGGACAAAGGAGGACUUUAAGAAAACUGUGCAGAAGAAGUUGAAGUCCUCCUCUGGCGUGGAUCCGGAGCCUUGCAGCUCUCACGCUGCUCCUCUCACUGCAGAGCAGCUCGAUAGAAUCGCCCAAAACAAGGGUGCAGCGCUGCAGAAACUCUCCUCUGUUCGGACGCCGCCUGGAUUUGGGGAGAGCUGGAGAAACGCGCUGUCAGCUGAGUUUGGAAAGCCUUAUUUUAAAGAAUUGAUGUCAUUUGUUGCCAAAGAAAGGAAACUCCACACUGUGUACCCACCUGCUGAAAAUGUCUUCUCCUGGACACAGAUGUGUGACAUUCGAGACGUCAAAGUGGUGAUUCUUGGCCAGGAUCCUUAUCAUGGUCCAAAUCAAGCCCAUGGUUUGUGCUUUAGUGUACAAAGACCAGUGCCACCUCCACCCAGUUUGGAGAACAUGUACAAAGAAUUAAUCACAGACAUUGAUGGAUUUCAGCACCCCGGGCAUGGUGACUUGACUGGAUGGGCCAAACAAGGUGUGUUGCUGCUAAAUGCCGUGCUGACGGUCCGAGCACACCAGGCCAACUCCCACAAAGACAAGGGUUGGGAGAUGUUCACUGACAUGGUGGUGCACUGGCUCAGCUCCAACUUGGAAGGCCUCGUCUUCAUGCUGUGGGGAGCGUAUGCUCAAAAGAAAGGUGCUGCCAUUGACAGGAAACACCAUCACGUCCUCCAGGCUGUGCAUCCUUCUCCUCUGUCUGUUCAUCGAGGAUUCUUUGGGUGUCAGCAUUUCUCAAAGGCUAAUGAAUUCUUAAAGAAAUCUGGAAAGUCUCCUGUAGACUGGAAGGCACUUUAAAAUGUUUUGCAAAGACAUCAAAUGUGUUCGUUAAGUACAGAUGUAAACGGAUUCAUAUGGUUCUUUUUUGGUUGUUGUUGGAGUAUGUGCAGUCUUCUUUAUAAAAAACACAUCUGAGUGUGAUAGAUUGUUGUAACGUUCUAUCUGCAGUUCUUGACAGUGUAAUUUUGUGUGUGUGUGUCUGUCCACUGCUGACAUUUCCUUUCAUUAAAAAUUCAAAUUAAAGUUUUUUGUACAUUUUAAAAUGAGGUUUGUUUGGUUUUUUAAAUGGAUGUUUAGUCUCUUGGGUUUAUCUUAAAACGUACUCAACAGAAUUCUUCCAAUAACAUACUUGGUGACGUUUUGAAAUGACCGAUGCGCAGUGAGCGCAUCAGCUAGCAGCUUGUGCUGCUG